GUGGGUGUGUCUUCACGGCUUGCUUUCAUAGUAGUAAGCAGCGCUCGGCUGUCGCUCCUGUUACUCGUUACAUGUUAAAUGCAAGUCAUCCUGACUGCUUCAUUUUUUGAGCAGCUGUGUAGUUAGGGAGGGCGUGUCUGUUUUUAUGUGGGUCAUUCAAAAAAGCACUGCUUUUAGUUCAUAGUGAGUUGAAGGCGACAGCCGGGUUGUAGUUCUUGACGCAUCUGAACCCCCUCGCUAGCUAGCUACUUUUGAAUAAAACCACAUGGAGUCUCAAAACACUAAUGUGACAGAAAACGCCAAGGCGAUGCUCAAGAACGCGAAGACACUCAAGCUCCACACGGGGAACUUGGUGAUUCGAAGUCGUCUUAAGAAGAAGUGUCCGUCUUCUCCAAGUGAAGAGCUUCAAGACUGCAUUCGAGCGACGCUGAUCGAUUGGCUUUCCACAACACAACUACCUUCAGAAGGGGGUGUUUCAGACACCGUGGACUGCUCCAUCCCUGAGGCCACAGAGGCCAUCAAACCGGAGGAAAGAGAGGAGCUGAAGGUUUCUGUGAAACUGUUCCUGUGUGAGACCGAUCAGUCGUCCAUCCCAGAGGCCGUGGAGAUGGCCUGUCAGACGCUGGCUGUGUCUCAGCUGGACUCUGUGAUCAUCGCCCCCCGGGGGCUGCCCGAGGGCGAGGUGCAGACGUUGGCCCACCUGCAGCCCGCCUGGGAGGUGUUGGAGGCGUUGGUGGGGUCCAAGAAGAUCGCGGCCAUCGGCACCUCGGAUCUGGACAAGGAUCUGCUGGAGCAGCUCUACAAGUGGUCUCAGGUGAAGCCCAGCAGUAACCAGGUGAACCUGGCCUCCUGCUGUGUGAUGCCCCCUGACCUCACAGCCUUCGCCAAGGACUUUGACAUUCAGCUGCUCACACACAGCGACCCAAAAGAGCUGAUGUCGUCGUCCACGUUCCAGGAGGCCGUGCAGGAAAGCACCAAGGAGCUGACUGUGGCCGACUGGAGGCUGGAGUGGGUACUGCGCUACUCCAUCAUAGUGAAGAGCAGGGGCAUCAUAAAGGCUAAGGGCUACCUGGUCAAUGGCAGGAAGGCUAGUCCCUAGCAGGGCCCAGGAGAGGAGGGGACACUGCGAUGAAACUACUGCGCCUCCACUUCGUACACACACACAAUCGAAAUCGAUGUCAUUUUUUAUAAUUUGCAUUCAUUCUACAUAGUUGUGACUAGAUUAUUUAGUAUCAUUUUGGGGGGGGUCUUUUUUUUAAAGAAAAUGUAUUUUACUUAAAAGGGCAAUUCACAUUUCCAAGUUCUCAGUCGUAUUUGAAAAUCCUUCAUAGGUAAAUAUAAACGUGUGUGUGUGUGUGUGUGUGUGUGUGUGUGUGUGUGUGUACCCUGGUUUAUUGAUGCUGCUCAUUGUGACCAAUGCAUUUAUACUUUUCUCUUACCACUCGCCAACAAGAUGUAGGCUUCAUUUUAAUAUGAUAUAGUCAUGAAGGUGGCUGAUCGCAAUUUGGUUUCUGAAACUUGUCCCGACAUGAAGUGCCUCUUUUUCUUCUGUAUAAUAUUUUCAAAUGAUUACUACCUGCCUCGUUAUAGCUGGAUUUGUGCAUCUAUAUCUAAUACUGUUGGUGGGAAUGAAAAUAUUGUACUGUGUUCCCUCGAAAGAGGAUGCCCUGAUUUGACAGCGGGAAUCAACCUAUCGAAAAUGAAAGAAUAUACAGAGAAAAGCAAAUACUUUAAACAACGUUUAAAGUCUGUGUUCCACUGAAAACUAUGUACUGUAUCAAAAGACUAGUGGAAAAAGAUUCAAGCAGUCAAUGUUUGAAAGCUGUGCAAGACCUUUGCAUGUUGGGUUUCACCCCCUGGAAAUCAUUUUUAUGGAAACUAUUACAUUAACGCAAUCUGCAGAAUGGUUUAUUUAUUAAAUCUUAAAUUAUACUUUUAAAUCAAACUUUAUCAGGGAAUUUAAACAUUCAUAAAUGGUUUGUGCAAAGCACUACUUUGGUUUAUGGAUUGAUUAAAAGAGGUGAGCCAACAAUGCAAAUCAAAUGCUGUAAAAAAUUGGGUUGUUUAUUGACCAAAUAAAAUCAGAUGUUUGAGAUUA